UUAUAAAACUAUGCUAUUUUGUAAAUCUUUUGCCAGUAUAUUUUGUAGUUUUGUCGAAAGAGCUUAGAAAUCGCGGGAAACGUUGAAAAAAACUAUGGAAGUUUACAAAUAUUUUACACUGUUCCUACUUUGCAGUCUAUCAGUGUUGCAGGUCAAAGCUGACGAUCAAGAUGAACGUACAACAAAUUUCAUAGAAGCCAAUAGCCAUCGUUAUGUCAACUAUGUUCAAGAUUGCGAUUACAAAUUGGAUAGCUUGAAAAAAGUAUACGUAGCAAGCAUCUCCACAAUUGACAUUCAAAUGGAAUUCUUAUUGAAAUCCGUUGAACAAGCCGCUGUACGUUUGUCUAAUUUGGAACUUUUAAGUGUGGUCAACAAGGAAUGUUCUGAAAAAUAUAAAAAUGCUUAUCCUGAAAUUUCCACCAUCAAGACCAUGAUUAAAAAUUGUACCGAUAAUGCCCAAAAACAAUUUCCCCCCUUGUUAGUGCCACUCCAAGAGACUCGCGACAAAUUUGCAUUGUACUACAAUCAAACUUUUCAGGGUGAAAUUAGCAACUGUGAUAAUAUGCAGACUUCUAAAUUGAAAAAUUUUAAUCACACGAAUUGUAUUAAAAAUGUGUCAGAUGCCACCUCAUUUGUCAUUGCCAACCAAAAAACGUUUGACUAUCAAUUGAAUUCUGCCAAAUGUUCGGCUGAUACCUAUAUCAAAAUGGCCCUGGAUUGCAGUUAUGUGGCCCAGACCACUGUCGUAUCGCUGAUAACGGCCACAAAUGUUUUCAUCGACAGAUGUACCAAGAAUAUAGACUGUAUGCCAUGUGAGGGUUUCCAAUGUGAAAAUGUCUAUAAUCUGCCCACCAAUGCCAUUGAUUAUGCCAGUCAGACUAUGGUGAAUCCUUUUUAUGGUAAUAACCAAACGUUAAGUUGUUUAAUGAUUAAUAUUGUAUAAGUUAUAUUUAAAUAAAAAAAUUAAAUAAUAAAAUUUAC